AUGAGAUUGAUACUGUCCCUUCUUAGCGGUGCUGCUCUCGUUGCCAGUAGCAAGACGCCUUCCUUAGUGGCCCAAUAUCGCACUCGUCAACAAGUUCUGCCUCAUGUUGCCGACUUUGUUUUCCAAGACGAUUGCAUCUACACCCUAGAUUCCUCUUCCACUAAGCCGGGCAUCCUUCGGCAGAAAGGCAUCACCACUUGGCAAGACGCCUUAGCCACCAACGAACAUUGGGGGUCUUGGAACAUUCUCAAAGAUAGUUCCGAGCUCAGCUCACAGGGUUACUUUGAUUACCGCAUCCAGCCGCCACCGACAUUGGAGGCUGUCGAUACCGUCGUUGCAGAAACCAUCGCCCUACUCGCGUCUCGAAAUGACGACUCCACUGUGUCUGCCCGGCCAACUCUCAAAUGGCAAGCGAUCAAGGCCUUGCUGGAUGGUAUCAUGCCCUUCUCCGCUCGCACAGCAGCCAACAAGGAUCCGUUCUGGCGUCCUGAAUGGGUGCCUGAUCCCAGCGCCAUCGCCCCUCUGUACUGGGACUCUGAAAUCUUGGCCAAGACUCUGGAAGGGUUGUGGCUGGGCAGUGUCGACGCACAGCUACAUGUCGAUGGCGAUCGAGCCGUUCACGUCAGCUUGGACGCUGCAGAUGCCUUCCGGCGUAAUCACCCUGAUGCUCCCCCCAUCCAUCUCGCUCUCGCCCAAGCCAGUCUUACACUUGCAGAGAACUGGCCUCGAUUCGCGGAGCUCGGCGUUGAUGUGGUGUUCCAAUACCAGUUCUCUCAACUAGCUCCGAUGUGGAUCCCGGACACAUUCAACAGCAUUGGCGAAUACCGCAUGGGCAACCUCGAUGCCUACCUUAUGCACAGAUCGAGGAGGCUGGACGCCCCACAGUGUACGGUCGAUCCCCUUGAUGUGUGGUUGGCACUCAAGGCCGGAGUUACGCGCUGGGGUGACCCAUCCAGCCCCAACUCUGCCGCAUCAUCCAGCGAGCUUUAUGACGGACCGUUCCCUGGUAGAGGUAUCUCCCGCGAGUCCGUCCUGAAGGGAGCCACCAUCAAUGGAGCCAAAUUCUUGCGGGCCGAUGAGCAAAUUGGCUCUCUCGAGGUUGGCAAGCUUGCGGAUAUCAUCGUCACCGAGAAGAACUUCUUUGAAGUGCCCGAUGAGGAGCUCGGGCGUAACAGAGUGCUACUAACAAUGCUUGGAGGUGAAGUUGACGGUGCGCAGUCUAUCUUUGGGAGAUAUAUCACGCCAAAGUUCCCCAAUAAUAACACCGUUACUGCGAAGAUGGCCCGCAGAGUGAUUGGCGGGCUCCAUGGUGAGCAUCUCGACACCCAGGGACGGGCCGAGGUUGUCAGAAUGAGGAAGCACCAGGGUUGUGGACAUGGACAAGCACACUAG